AUGGCGCCGGUGGUGUCGGCGCUGGCCAAGUACAAGCUGGUGUUCCUCGGCGACCAGGCGGUGGGCAAGACCGCCAUCAUCACCCGCUUCAUGUACGACAAGUUCGACGCCACCUACCAGGCCACCAUCGGGAUCGAUUUCCUCUCCAAGACCAUGUACCUCGAGGACCGCACGGUUCGCCUACAGCUAUGGGACACGGCUGGGCAGGAGAGGUUCCGGAGCCUGAUUCCGAGCUACAUCAGAGACUCUUCGGUCGCGGUGAUCGUCUACGACGUAACAGACACGCAAUCGUUUCUGCAUACAUCUAAGUGGAUCGACGAGGUGAACACGGCGAGAGGCAAAGACGUGCUGAUUGUGCUCGUCGGAAAUAAAACAGACCUCGUUGAUCAGAGGCAAGUGGCCACGGACGAAGGGGAAGCCAAGGCCAAGGAGCACGGCGCAUUGUUCAUGGAGACCAGCGCCAAGGCCGGCUUCAACAUCAAGGCGUUGUUCCGGACGAUCGCCACGAACCUUCCUGGUAUGGACGCGCUCUCGUCGGCCAAGCAGGAGGACAUGGUGGACAUCAACCUGAGGCCGGCCUCCGGGCCAGCAGGCUCAGGCGCCGCCGCGCAGCAGGAGCAGAAAGCAGGAGGAUGUUCUUGCUGA